GGGGCCUGCCCUGGCAAUUGGGGCGCCCCCCGGAGGGUUGGGGGCGGGGACAAGAAAAAUGGUUACCGAGCUGGACGGUGCCAGGGGAACAGCGUAUGUGUGGCCUGGCAGGCGUCGGCCCGUGGGUUCACGGAGAAGGCCCUUUUUCUCCUAAAAAGAAAAGUCGCUGUCAACAGUAGUUUAAAACAUUUGGGGCAAGUUGGUGAGCUUACCUUUCUGUCACAGCUAGGGAGUUUCGGGAGGUGCAAAUCUCGCUGAGCCAGAAAGUAUCCAGUGUUUUUCUUCAAUUACAGACAAAAUGACUAUCCCUAUGCUGCUCCCACGGCCUCACCAGCGUUUCCUAAAGGGCCUUUUAAGAAUACCUUUCAGACAUCAUCACUUCAUCCUUCACUCAAGUUCUUAUCUCAGAUCAGGAAUCCCAUGUGCUCAACCAUUGAAUUUCCUUGGACUCCAUUGUACAAAUUGGAUGGUGCCUUCGAAUGGUUUAAAGAGGAAAUUAUGUGUACAAACAACCUUAAAGGACCACACUGAAGGACUUUCUGAUAAAGAACAAAGAUUUGUGGAUAAACUUUAUACUGGCUUAACCCAAGGGCAAAGGGCCUGUUUAGCAGAAGCUAUAACUCUUGUAGAAUCAACUCACAACCGGAAAAAGGAGUUAGCGCAGGUGCUUCUUCAGAAAGUAUUAAUCUACCACAGAGAACAAGAACAAUUAAAUAAAGGAAAACCACUAGCAUUUCGAGUGGGAUUGUCUGGGCCCCCUGGUGCUGGAAAAUCAACUUUUAUAGAAUAUUUUGGAAAAAUGCUCACUGAGAGAGGGCACAAAUUAUCUGUAUUAGCUGUCGACCCUUCUUCUUGUACUAGUGGUGGAUCACUCUUAGGUGAUAAAACCCGAAUGACUGAGUUAUCAAGAGAUAGGAAUGCAUACAUCAGACCAUCUCCUACAAGAGGGACUUUAGGAGGUGUAACAAGGACCACAAAUGAAGCCAUUCUAUUGUGUGAAGGAGGAGGAUAUGACAUCAUUCUUAUUGAAACUGUGGGUGUGGGGCAGUCGGAGUUUGCUGUUGCUGACAUGGUUGACAUGUUCGUUUUACUGCUGCCGCCAGCAGGAGGAGAUGAAUUACAGGGUAUCAAAAGGGGUAUAAUUGAGAUGGCAGAUCUGGUGGCUAUAACUAAAUCUGAUGGAGACUUGAUUGUGCCAGCUCGAAGGAUACAGGCCGAGUAUGUGAGCGCGCUGAAAUUACUCCGCAAGCGUUCAGAAGUCUGGAGACCAAAGGUAAUUCGCAUUUCUGCCAGAAGUGGAGAGGGGAUCACUGAAAUGUGGGGUAAAAUGAAGGAAUUCCAAGACCUCAUGCUGGCCAGCGGGGAGCUGGCUGCCAAGCGGAGGAAGCAGCAGAAAGUUUGGAUGUGGAAUCUCAUUCAGGAAAGUGUAUUAGAACAUUUCAGGACCCACCCCACAGUUCAGGAACAGAUUCCUCUUCUGGAAAAAAAGGUUCUCAGUGGGGCCCUGUCCCCAGGACUAGCAGCAGACUUCUUGUUGAAAGCUUUUAAGAGCAGAGACCAAUAAAAUUUAUCCUAUACAAUAA